AAGACCUUGUAAAACAAUGCGAAAUUUUAUUAUGUUCGUGUCCAUAUGGAAGUAGCUAAUAAAACAAACCUUGUGUAUUCUGUGACCAUUUUAAAACUUUUUCGGGAGUUCAAAGAGAGCCAAAGCUGAUAACGCUCGAGCAAGCGGAGGUGGACGAAAAGCAACCAAAAUACUAGUCAGCGGAUUUUCUCUAAAUCGUGGGAAUUUAAGAUGGCGGAUGAAAAAGGAAAUGAAGAUCCUGAAGAUACGAUGUACAUCCUCAUUGCGACAGAUUGCCAUCUUGGGUAUAUGGAAAAAGACCAGGUCCGAGGAAAUGACUCAUUGGUUACCUUCGAGGAAAUUCUGCAUAUAGCAAAGGAGAAGAAUGUAGAUUUUAUUCUCCUUGGAGGAGACCUAUUUCAUGAGAAUAAACCUUCUCGGAAGACUUUACAUGGUGCAAUGGCGCUCUUUAGGAAAUAUUGCAUGGGGGAUAAAGCUUGUCAGAUGGAAUUUCUCAGUGAUCAAUCUUUGAACUUUUCUCAGUCCAGAUUUCCUUGGGUAAAUUAUGAGGAUCCAAAUUACAACAUAUCCAUUCCAGUGUUUUCCAUUCACGGAAACCAUGAUGAUCCUGCUGGGGAUGGGAACCUUUGUGCUUUGGAUUUGCUCAGUGUCUGUGGAUUUGUUAAUUAUUUUGGUAGAGCUCCAUCAAUUGAUGACAUCACUGUGUCACCUAUCUUGAUGCAGAAGGGUAGUGUUAAGGUAGCACUGUAUGGUUUGGGAUCCAUAAGAGAUGAGCGUCUACACCGUACAUUCCUUAAUCAUAAUGUCAAGAUGCUGAGACCCAAGCAGGAUCCUGAAUCCUGGUUCAAUGUAUUUGUUUUACAUCAGAAUAGGGCAAAGCAUGGCUCAACUAAUUACAUUCCAGAGAAGUUCCUUGCUGAUUUUCUUGAUCUUAUAAUGUGGGGCCAUGAACAUGAGUGUAUUAUAGCACCAAAGAAUGCAGAGGACCCAAACCUGUCAUUUUACAUCACUCAGCCAGGGUCCAGUGUUGCAACCUCUCUCAGUGAAGGAGAAUCAAGACCUAAGCAUGUAGGAAUCCUUAAAAUAACAAAGAAGAAAAUGUUCAAAAUAGAUAAGAUUAAACUGAAGACCGUGCGCCCUUUUUACAUUGAAGAUGUGAUUCUGAAAGAAACAGAAAUUGAUCCUACCCAAGAAGACAUGGUGAUGGCUUAUCUAGUUAAUAAAGUGGAACAGUUGAUUGAAAAGGCAAAGAGGGAACACACAGGCAGCUCUCGUCAACCUGACAAACCUCUCAUCAGAUUACGGGUUGAUUACAGUGAUGGCUUUACAGCUUUUAACAUUCGAAGAUUUGGACAACAAUUUGUAGACAGAGUGGCAAAUCCAAAGGACAUUCUACUGUUCUUCAGGAAAAAACAACCAUUUAAAACUGCAACAGACAAGAGAGAUAGAGAUGAAUCUAGAGUUCCGCACCUACGUCCAGAACCACUGGACACAAUAACAAUGGAAGACUUGAUCAAAGAGUAUUUAACCUCAAAGGAUAAUGCAUUAGAACUACGGAUUCUAACAGAGGGAAGAAUGGCACAGGCACUUCGUGAGUUUGUUGAAAAAGAUGAAAAAGAUGCAAUAUCUACCUUAGUAAAGUGGCAACUAGAUCAGGCACAUAGCCACUUGAAGAAACGACAGAAUAUCCCUGAAGAAAACAUUGAAGUUGAAGUUUUCAAACAUACGGAGGAAAUACGACAGAAAGAAGAUGAAGAUGAAGGGCAUGAUGCAGAAGACAUGAGAAAGGUGCUUGAAGAAUCUCGUGCCAGUCAAAUAAACACUGGAAAUGAUGUUGACAUGAGUGGCAGUGAUGAUGAGGAUGGACCACCCAGGCCAAGUACUAGUAGAGGAAAAAAAGGCCACAGUGAUGCUGUUAACACUUCCACAAGAGGCACAGCUGGAGGACAUGGCAGGGGAAGAGGAAGAGGAAGGAGUAGAGGUGGGCGUGGAAGAGGAAGGGCUGCCAACACAUCUCAAACAAUAAUGGAUUCUUUUACUUCAGCAUCCAAGAGAAAGAAACAACAAAGUAACGUUAAGGGAGAUAGUUCUGAUGAUGAUGAUGACGAUGAAUUCAACAUUCCAUUAUCAUCUUCUUUGAAGAAGACCAAAACUGUACAAUCAACAUCACAAAGGUCCAAUGGAGCCAAGAACAGAACAGCUGUGGUCAAUACUGUUGAAAAAGAAGAGGAAAGUGAGGAUUCAGAUGAUCCUUUUUCUAUGCAGCCAAGCAGUAAAAAAAGCAGAAGAUAGCAAAAGAUGAGGCCUUGGAAUUUUCCAAGAAAUCCUAUGGUGGGACAGUGGGAGAAAGUAUCAGUGCAAAACAACACCUAUAAAUUUUAUUAGAAAAAGUUAACAACUCUUGAUUAAGGAGUCUUGUUCAAAAUGAGGUUUGUACUAAUUCAGGAUUCUAUGUAACCCUUGGUCUAAUUUUUCUUGUGUUGGAGUGUAUACUGGGACUAGCAAUUUGCGAGGAUUUUUGUCCACUAACGUUAAAAUGUAUGAACUGUCAA